AUGUCUCUCUGCGACGACACUCUGCUCUGCAACUUCCCGAAGUGUCGGUCUAAGUUGUGUGGAUUUGCUUGGGUCACGGCCUGUUCACAUGCCUUUUGCGAUCAGCACGGUUCCGGUGAGUUCAGUCGAUCCCCAGCGAUCUGUCCCGCCUGUUCCUCUGCGCUCUCGGGAAAGCUUGACAUCGUGCGCACAGAGUUGUCCCCUUCUGAAGAGUACAAGGCCAUGGUCCUCGCAGGACUCAGGCCAGAGACUGUGCUGGACAUCAGUGCACGCGCGCUGGCCUUCUGGACUUACCAGGUGCACCAGGAGCGAAUGUACCAGGAGUACAGCCUGUCGAGGGCAGAGGGGCAGGUGAAGCAAAUGGAGAAAGUCCUGACCCAACACAACCAGAGUAGAGAACUGGAACUCGGUGCAAUGAGGGGGGAGAUUGCAUCUCUGAAGAAGGUGACGGAUGAGUACAAGAGGAAGUACAGUGAGGUGUCGGAGCGCCUGAUGGAGAGGAACAGACAGUACCAGAAGCUGCAGGGGCUCUAUGACUCCCUCAGGCUGCGUAACAUGGUGGUGGGGGAGAGAGAGCCAGCCCCCCACGGAGCCUCCGACUUCACCUCAGGGAUGGUCAGGCAGCCCUCUCCCAGAGGAAGCCCUUCAUUCCUGGGAAUGGGCCCCGAAGGGGACAGCCGGCUCUUCUCCUCCCUGGAGCCCGAGGGUGCGAGGACCUUCUUCCAGUUUAGCUCCCCAGCCAGAGAGAGAGGACGCUGCUUCAUCAAGAAGCACUGAGAGAGCCUUGA